AUGAGUUCAUCACGUGCUGCCCCUGUGGAUAAUGAUCAGGAACCAGUUGAGGAGGAGGUAAUCGUACCAAAAAAAUACAAGCCGUUAGAUGAGACUGCCCAACCAGCCGAAGCAGAAGAGCCGCAAGAAGAGAACAAAUGCUACUGGGGACCGGCACACAUGGAAGAAUGCGACACGGAGGAGUACUGCAAGAAAAGGAUGCCCGAUGAUUCGCAAGAGUCAGGCGAAGAUGAAGCCGAAGAAGCGCCAAUCGAUGCUUGGGACAUGAAACAAGCUGAACGACCCGAGGAUCCCGAGGAAUGCCAAAAGGGACCCGAGUAUUUCUGCUCGACUCCCGAACUCAUCGAAAAGUGCAAGGUGAAGAAUAUCUGCGAUAAUCCAGACGGACGAAAAUUAUAA